UCCAUAAACAGCAUCCUUACAGUGGUAGAGGGCAUGGAAGAUGGCUCUCCUGCGUGUGUGUGUGUGUGUGUGUGUGUGUGUGUGUGUGUGUGUGUGUGUGUGUGUGAAAGCAAAAGGAGAAAUAGGUUCAGUAAAAACCAAAAGUGGUAAUGGAGAAACACAAAUAAUAUUGAAUCAAAAACUGAGCUUCUGUCCCAGGUUAUCAACAUUUUGUGCUCUGUGAACUUCAUGUUUCUUCACUGCUAGAGAAUGCCUUGGUCAUUUGCUAAGAGCUUCUUUAUCAGGAAACUGCUAAGUCUGUCUCCAUCUCACCUCAGCUCCUCCUUUCUUUGCAUCUGUUUGGCGUUCUAAGCUUCUGACGUUGGGCUUAAGCAGAAGGAGAUAAUUGGCAGGAGGGAUAAAUCAGGAUGCAAAGAUCCUUUUGUCUGCUGUGGAAAAGGCAACUGAGGAGUUACAGGAACAGCGUUCAGCUCCCUGAGUUAUUAACUCGUGAGAGCCAGCAAGCACAACACCAGCCAUCCAGGGACCGCCAAGAUGAGUGACACCACUUCUCUGGGUCCUCCAGCGCCAAGCCAGGGUCCUAUUACCCCACGCAAAGGUCCCCCCAAGUUCAAGCAGAGACAGACCCGACAGUUCAAGAGCAAGCCUCCCAAGAAAGGUGUGAAAGGGUUUGGAGAUGACAUCCCAGGCAUGGAGGGGCUAGGAACAGAUAUUACGGUGAUCUGUCCCUGGGAAGCAUUCAGCCAUCUGGAACUGCAUGAGCUUGCUCAGUUCGGGAUUAUAUGAGGGGUCCAGAGCUCGGCUGCUCUCAAGAGCGUCUGCUGGAGAUGUCAUGUUUUUACCCAAUUGAUCUUUUUGAGUCUUGAAAUCCAGUGUUUGGAAGGAAUUUCUCCGACAUAUAUGGUCAUUCUCCAUGAGUUACUGUGGUGUUCUUUCUUGUAGUGUAGCUCAGCUUCAACAAUGCUAAAAGGGCACCUUUGUUGGGUCAUUUCGAGCUUUACACUUUUCCUAUCUGCUGCUUUGAAGUCAUCUGCAUUUCUCCAUAGUGUGCUUACAUGUAGGCUAGACACUCAAUAUAUUAGCAGCAGAAUUAUGGGAUAACAUUAACAUAUUUGAAAGGCUCUGGUAGAAGAAUUGUUACGGAUCAGCCUGGGCUACAUAGUGAGUUCCAGGCUAGCUUGAGUUACAAUGUGAGACCAGCUCUUAACUAACUAACUAACUAACUAACUAACUAACUAACUAACUAACUAAUACAGUACCUGGGGUGAUCUGAACAAACACCUCCAAAUCUACUCGGGCAUCAGUGACAUAUGAGAAACAAUUCCACUCGAGUUGGAUUUAUCUAAUUGGUGGCUUCAAUUGUGAUUCCUUCUAGGACCCUGAGUAAGAGGCUGUUUCCAGGAGCAGCGACAACUCACAGGCACUUAUACCACUGAGGAGGGGUGCUAUCCUUUGCCCCUUGAAAAUAGUAACUGCCUGGAGAUCCUGGAGAGGGGCGGGGCCGCAUGUGCCCCUUCUGAAUACUCUCCCCUCUCCAUGGGGACUUAGCAGUCCCGGUCUUUAAUGACAGCUGUCAUCACAGCUGCCCUGAUUUCAAGAUGGCGGCGGUCAUGUCCUGCCCGCAGCACGGGAUCCUAACAUUCUGCAGUCCUUCCUUCUUGUGGUGAGAGGAGUCAGGAAUCUUGACUCUUUUGGUGGUGCUGCAUGCAACGCUGCAUGCAACGCAUGUCUAAAGGAGGCAUGGCCACACAGGAAGUAGGUGCAGGGCUCACAAAAGGGCCGAGUGUUAAGAGUCAAGCAGUCAUUCUGCUUUGCAAAUGGGAAAAUCGCAUACUUUAACUGAACCUGGUUACCCCAGAGGCUGCCUGCGGCUCUAACUCAGUCUGGUAAGACUGAAGACUUAAACUCACAACCCUGACAAUGUGAGCUUCUGUUCCGGGGCUCUGGUUCCAGAAAGUUCCCUUUCAUACCUUCUUCGUUCAUUAAAAUUAUUCUGCCCCAUGGCUCCAGCUGAGAGUCACAGGCUCUUCAAAUACGCACCGACCGGCUUUCUGUAAUCGAUAACUGGUCACUUUUAAAUCAUCAGUGAGAAAGCUCCGUAUGUGUGAGGUUUAGACACGGAUGCAGAUUUGCCUCACCCCAGAUGUUGUGUCAAGGGCGGUGUGCACAUAGCUGUCUUUCCACAGCACCUACAAGGCAAUUGUGCAAUGCAGAUGCGGCCCCUGGCUUCAUGCUUUGGCACUGAGCAUGUGAAUUUCUUCAUUUCAGUUUUGUAAUCUGUGGUAACAGAACGGAGCAAAGUAACGGAAAAGAGAAGGGAAUGAUAGGAAAGGAAGGGUCAGAGCUGU